UCUCAAAAAAGGGGAUUCCCCACAUUCAGCUGAUCAGGAAGUGAUUGAGGUCACCAUGUCUCUUCUUCUGUUUUCCGCACUUUUCCUUGUUUUUGUUGGUGUAAAUCAAUGUGCACCGACAAAAAGAAAUAUGCCUGUUGUUGGGGUUCUCCAGCAAGCAAGCUAUGAUGUUUUAAAGCCUUAUGGAGAUACAUUCUUUCCAAGUUCUUAUGUGAAAUAUUUGCAGUCAGGUGGAGCAAAAGUUGUUCCAGUGAGGGUGAAUGAACCAGAGAGUUACUAUGUGGAUCUCAUGAGCAAAAUCAAUGGUGUAUUGUUCCCUGGCGGUGGUGUGGACAUCCUCACAUCAGGUUAUGCCAAGGCUGCACAGGUCAUCUACCAACUGGCUAAAAAAUACAAUGAUGCGGGAAGCUACUUCCCUCUGUGGGGUACCUGUCUCGGCUUUGAACUGCUCACUGCUCUUCAGACCGGCAAGAACCUGUUGUCAAAAUGUGACGCUGAGGAUUACAUGCUUCCUCUGAAAUUUUCAUCUGGUUGGGCAACCAGCAAACUUUUCACAAAGGCGGACUCCAGUAUCCCACGAAACCUAAUACAGCACAACAUCACAGCGAACUACCAUCAUUGCUGCAUGACUCCUAACACAUUCAAGUCAACACCAGAACUGAGUGGAUUCUUCCGAAUGGUGUCAACAAAUAAAGACAGGAAUGGUUUGGACUUUGUCUCCAUGAUGGAAGCUUUUGAGUAUCCUUUCUACGGGAGCCAGUGGCAUCCAGAGAAGAACUCCUAUGACAUGGGAUACCAGGAUCAUAUUCCACACACCUUUGAGUCGGCCCGUGUGGCGCAGUACUUCGCAAACUUCUUUGUGGAUGAAGCCAGGAAAAGUAACCACGAGUUCCCUUCCAUGGAAGAGGAAGCCAGCACUGUGAUUGAGAACUACCGACCUGUCUUUCUCGGCCAACCUACAUUCCAUAACUAUUAUUUCUUCAACUUCACACAGAAAACUGUGCAAGAUGACUACCUACGUUUCAAAAGUUCCGAGGAGUCCAAUUCACUUUGAUGAGUAUUAUGAGACAUUCAGAUCAAUAGCAGCUGUGAUAUAUCUUUUAAUGAUUGUGACAAGUGCUCAUCACCUGUGAUCUCCAUAUGUUGGGCUGUAUUGUUGCAAAGAUGGCCAGUUUUCAUCUUAAAUCAAAAUAUGUUAAAUCAAAUCUGGCCUCUGAUGAAUGUUUUUAUAUUGAUUUGUACAUGUAAAUUGGGAGUAUGGGUUCUUUUAGUAAUCAGUAAAUUAAUAUGUGUGUUGUUUAAACUCAAAUUUGAAAGUUUUUAAUUGUGUAUUUUACAUGUAUGAUAUAUAUGGACAUGUAAACAUAUAUGUAUAAUACGUAUUUACCCAAGCCUCAAGAAAUUGCAAUGAACACAAUGGCGAAGGCCUGUAAGAACACUGGUUCAAAAUCUCAGGUCGUGUAUAACGAGAGAAAAAAUGCCCGAGUUUCUUCUCCUGAAUAUUGAUGCUGCGCUCUUCUCGGGCAAAUUGGCUAAGCCAUGUUCAACAUGAAUAAAAGAAUAAAAGUAACAGUGCUUUAAUAA